CUCAGGGUUGCGCAGCAGGCCUUCUCCUGGGGGCUCCUCCACGCUGCUGGCGCAGAGCCAGCAGCAGCCCCCUCAUUUGGUCCUAGAGGCCUGGCCUCGCUCAGCCGAGGGGCUGGGGCGAUAAUCCCCUACCUACUUUGGGGGCUCAGCAGGGUGCAGAGGGUGAGGUUCCCACAGCGGGAGGCCCCCUACCACAGCGGUCUCCCUCCUCUCCUUUUGCAGAACCAACAUUUCAGUCACUAAGAGGGAGUCCGCAUUGUCCCUCCCCAAGAGCAGCUGUGUAUGUGGGGUGUUUCUGUACUGGGCAGGGCCAAGGGGAGAUGGUUACACCCUCAGACUCAGAUCAGAGAGGGAGGCCUGGGUUUGAAUCCCAGCUCGGCAGCACUCUAACCCAGUGACCUUGGCAGGAUACUUACCUUCUAAGUCUCAGUGUCCUCCUCUGUAGAAUGAGGAUUCACACCUUCAUUCAUUCCCCAGGUAGCUGGGGGAGAGCCUCCUUUAUCGUAGGCAGUGGGGAGGGAGAGGCCGAAGGUGGGCACAGGAUGGGUGGAUCUGAGCUCCAGCCAGGGGCCGCCGUGGCUGGAGCUGGGUGGGCCGGGGCGAGGUGGGCGAGGAGACUGAGAGCUGCAGGCCACACUCUGAGGUGAACCCGGGCCCGGUGUCGGAGUGUUGAGGGUAGCUCCCUGUACUACACAGCAACGGAGGAUGUCAGGAUCGGAGUCAGGUUUUUAGAAAAGAGCCCUCUUAAAAAAAAAAAAAAAAAAGAGCCCUCUGAGCCACCCCCUCGAGGAGGGCAACACUCACCCCUGGUGUGACCACACGUAGUGACUUAGGCUCCCCAAAAGUACAGUGGAAAUGGGGUGGGAGAGGUACCUUCACGGAGGAGAGAGCUGACCGCACGACCUCAGCAGGUGAUCAAGGCUCAUACAAAUGUCCUGUACAUGGUGCGUCACCGUGGACAUGAUGGGGUGGGAAGGACCCUUCAUCACGUCAUCUUCCCCCCAAAACCCAGAACCCCAUCUAACCGUGAGAAAACAUCAGACAAACCCAAAUUGAAGGACAUGCUACAGAAUGCCUGACAAGACUUCUCAAAACUGUCCAGGUCAUCAAAUACAAAGAAAGUCUGAGAUACUGUAACAGCCCAGUGGAGCCUAAGCAGUUGUAACAACGGAAUGUGGGAUCCGGGACGGGACCCUGGAGGAGAAAAAGGACAUUGGGGAAGACCCGUAAGAUCCGAAUACAUCUGUUUAGUUUAUCAUCAGACACCAGUGUUGGUUCAUUAGUUGUGACAAGUGCCCGGCGCUCACUUCAGUGUUAACAUUUCCCGGGGAAACUGGCCCUGGGUGUCUGGGAACUCUCUGUACUGUCCUUGCAGUUUUUCUGUAAAUGUCAACUAUUGUAAAAUAAAACUUAGCAUAUGUAUCCAACGAAGGUUGUGCCCCCUGACAUCAGCAGGGACAGUGGUCGCGAGAGCGAAGUCAGAGAGGCCCGGGAGCCACACAGCCUGCAGGGAGGAGUGGGGAGGUGCUUGUUGAUAGCAAGCAGCAGAAAUGGAGAAAAGCGGGUAGAGGAGGAAUCAUGGAAAACGUGGAUUGAGCCAGUGGCCAUUUUUUUUUUUUUUAAGAUUUUAUUUAUUUAUUUGACAGAGAGCAAGAGAGGGAACACAAGCAGCAGGAAUGGGAGAGGGACAAGCAGGCUUCCCACUGAGCAGGGAGCCCAAUGCAGGGCUUGAUGCAGGGCUUGAUCCCAGGACCCUGGGAUCAUGCUCUGAGCAGAAGGCAGAUGCUUAACGACUGAGCCACCCAGGCGCCCCGAGCUAGUGGCCAUUUUUAAUAGAACCUUUUUUUUUCCUGCCCGAGUAAAAGUAGAGGAGGGGCAGACUUGAGCGAGCAAGCCAAGGGUCCUUUUUUGGCCACAAUGUUAUUGAGAGCCCUGGUUGACGUCCAGAUGGAAUGUCAGCUCGGACAGGUGAGUGCUGGGGCGCAGGUGUGUGAAGCGCUGACAUCUAAGUGUCUUCAGAGCCAUGGGACCUGAGCAGGUCACCCAGGCAGGAGGUGUCAAUGGAGAAGGAAGGGGACGACCUAGAACCCUGGGGCCUUCUAUAUGGAAAAGGCUGCACAGAAGGGGUUUUGCAGAGGAUCUAUCCUUCCCACCCAUGGGGUUCGGGGCUGGAGACGGUGGCCUUCCGGCCAACCCCUGCGUCCAGGGUCGGUCUUCCCCUCAGUGACGCCGCCACGGGGCUUCUGUGGGCACUGCUCCUUCCCCAUCUGGUCACAAGGUUUGGGUCCCCUGGGCCGGGAGGUGUGGCGCUUCUGGAGCCCCUCGGAGUGUGGAGAGGCCAGGCUGUGGGGGGCACCUGGUCCCCACGUCACGGCCCCACAUGCCCUCCCUGCUCUGGACACGGUGGCUACAGCAGUCUGUCCCCACCGGGUCCGAUGCCCGGAGGCAGAGCGCACGAUGGCGGCCCUCCGGCGCCUGGCGAUGGUGCUUGGGCGCUGCGUCCCCGCCGGCCAUUCGGGGCCCACGCUGGCCGAGGCCCAGGGCGGUGUGCGCGGCCUGGCCACCAACGCUCGUGCCUGUGCCAAAUUCUACACGGAUCCCAUGGAGGCCGUGAAAGAUAUCUCUGACAGGGCCAAGAUCGUGGUCGGCGGCUUUGGGCUCUGCGGGAUUCCAGAGAACCUGAUAAAGGCGCUGCUGGAGACGCACGUCAAGGACUUGACCGUGGUCAGCAGCAACGUGGGGGUGGACGACUUCGGGCUGGGCCUUUUACUGGAGACCAAGCAGAUCCCCCGCAUCAUUGGCUCCCACGUGGGGAACAUGCUGUGCGGGCACCACUACCUGUCUGGCGAGCUGGAGCCGGAGCUGCUGCCCCAGGGCACCCUGGCCGAACGCAUGUGCGGGGGCGCCAGGGUGCCCUCGUUCUACACGCCCACGGCCUACAGGACCCUGGCGGAGGAGGGAGGCACGGCGGCCGACGGCCACAUGGUCAUCAUGAGCCAGCCCCGAGAGGAGGAGUUUCAGGGGGACCACUAUCUUCUGGAGCAGGCCAUCUCGGCCCGUUUUGCUUUGGUGAAAGGGUGGAAGGCCGACCGCGCAGGAAACGUCAUCUUCAGAAGAAGCGCCAGGAAUUUCAACGUUCCCAUGUGCAAAGCAGCAGAAACCUCAGUGGGGGAGGUUGAAGACAUUGUGGAUGUGGAGACGUUUGCCCCCAAAGACAUCCACAUUCCUAACAUUGAUGUGGACCCUGUAAUCCAGAGGGAAAGAUAUGAGAAAAGAAUUGAGUGUCUAACCGCAGAGGAAGGUGAAAAAGCCAAGUCUGUGGGUGACCUCAAGGCCCGGAUCAUCACACGGGCAGCUCUUGAAUUUGAGGAUGGCAUGUACACUGAUUUGGGCAUAGGAUCCCCUCUCCUGGCCAGCAACUACAUCAGCCCCAAUAUAACUGUUUAUCUUCAUAGUGAAAAUGGGAUCCUGGGCUUGGGUCUGUUUCCAUUAAAAGAGGAGGUGGACGCAGAUCUCAUCAAUGUGGGCAAGCAGACGGUCACCGUUUUCCCCGGGGGCUGUUUUUUCUCCCGCGAUGACUCAUCUGCCAUAAUUCGAGGGGGACACCUCCACCUCAUCAUGAUGGGAGCCAUGGAGGUUUCCCAGUACGGUGACCUGGCUAACUGGAAUCCCGGAAAGAAAGUGAAAGGCACGGGGGGAGCCAUGGAUUUGGUGUCCAGCAUCAAGACCAGAGUGAUGGUCACCAUGCAACACUGCACCAAGGACAAGGAACCCAAAAUUGUGGAGAAAUGCACCAUGCCACUGACCUGGAAGUGCUGUGUAGACCGAAUCAUCCCUGAGAAGGCCGGUUCGAUGAUGUGCACAAGUGAGGCCUGACACGGAUGGAGCUCUGCCGAUGGAGAACGACGUCAAAAAGAGCACGGGCAGCCCCCCUUUGCCGUAUCACCUGACCCUCAGACCCACACAGCCCGUGGCAGCCUGAGCCAGGAAGGAAGCCCUGGUCCCAGAGGGUGGGUUUCAUUGGAACCCAUAGGAAGUGUGAUCACCUCUGUCCGAGGUGCUGGCCGCCUGACCAGCUUUCCUACCGCCAGACAGACUAUUCUCUCAAGAGGGAUAUGGCUUUAAUUAAAAACCAAAGGGGAAUGUAGCCGUUUAUCUUCUGUGUUCUGUGUGUCCUGAGAUCGGUCUGGUACCAUCAUCGGGCAUGCAGACACCCUCUUCUGUGCUGUUUACAUGAAAUUCUGUGCAGAUCGGAUGAGCCCACAGGACAGCUUUCACGGAAGGGGCUUCCCUCGUGAAUGAGCCACGAAAUGUGGGAGGAAGGUGUGACCACCCCGUACACCCAAGGCUCCACUUUGCCAGCACCGUGAAAAAUAUACAAGCCAAACAUGCACCGUGACCGGAGGAAUGCUGCCUGCCUGAGCUUGUCUUCCUGCAGCCCCUCUGGCUUUUCCUCUGGGGCCUUCCAUCUUGGGGCUAAAUUCUGUAGCCUCCCCUCUUCCUCCCUGCACGGCCUCCUUCUCAUGGCUAAACAGAUGUGUCUGGAAGGGCAGCGAGGCUGUCUAGCUGGGCCAGAGCACUGGUAACGCAGUGACAGGCGGGGAGAGAGGCUCCUCUGUAGAUAAACAGGCCCCCGUGCGCUGUCAAAGGCGGCAGCUUGUGGUAGGAGGGGUUCUAGAAACCAAGACGGACUUAAUGGGUUUUCUCCUCUUCAGACAUGGGUUCCUGUGUCCCCCAGGACACUCAGGCCCUUUCUGCCUGUCGUGGAGCCCUAGACUGGCCUGUUGUCUCUACUCUCUUAGAAUACAGGAGAAGCUGUGAGGUGUUUCAUCCUGAACCCACAGUCUCACAGCCUUAAAAGAACAAAAUGAGUUCCUGUGUGUACAUGCGUGCACACGUGCCCGUGCAUCCAUGUGCGUGUCCGAAUGUGUGCGUGUGUGUGAUGGUAAAAACAAAGCCUGACACGGAGCACGACGCACGUUCUCAGUGUAGCUCUCGAGGGGCACACAACCAUCAGGAGCACGUGGGCAGGAACUGGAGAUUCUAGCUGUGAAGGAAGGCCUUUCAGAAGAAGCCUCCUUGGGGCCUCGCCCUGAAGGAAGGGCCGGAUCCUGGAACGGAGGGAUGGAGACACCGCUCCCUGAGGGGGCAGCCUGGGGUUUGGGGGUAAGUGGCCAGGGACCAUGACCAGGUUGGGGGUGGAAUGGAAGGUCAUCAAGUGGAUGGAUAGCGGGGUACCUUCUGGGGCUUCUGGGGAGUGGCCCUGAUUGGCCCUGGUGUCAGUUCCCAGUGUGGGGCAGGCAGAGCUUCCAGGAGCAGAGAGUGAGAGGUGUGUCAGACGGUAGGAAGAAGGAGGAGGGUCGAGUUCCUCCUUCUCACGGGAUGCAGUAACCUAGCCAGAGGGACAAAGGCAGACUGGUCCACAGCUGGGACUCUCUGAGGGUUCAGCCACGCACCCUGAUUGUCCUUCAGUGUGGCACCAGCGUCACACCCAUGGCCGCAGGCUGAGGUGGGGCCGGGUCUGUGGGGAGGAGUCAGGUGGCGCCCAGAGCAGGAGGAGGCCUGGGGGGGAGGUGGGAAUGAUCUUGGCCUGGCCCAGCUGGGUGGGGGUGUGUUAGGCCUUGACCACCUGCCCUGGGACAGGAUGCAGCAGGUGAGCUGCCAAGACCUCUGGGCGCUGAUGGAGCAGGCUGAGAAGUGGGGUGAGGCUGGAGGUUUCAUGGGUCCCCCCUAGCCCAGAGAAGCAGCAUGUUCCAUCCGGGGCAAAGGGGAAAGGCCACAGCGUGGCCCACAUUCUCAAGGCAUGGCUGCACAUACUCCAUCAGGUGCAAAGGGGACAGCAUGCCUGCCGGCAACCCAGAGGGUCAGGUAUAGAGCCAGGGACCCUGGGCCCCAGAGAUGCCCACCUCUGCCUUUCUAGAAAGCAGCCUUCCAGAGCCGGGCAGCCUAGGGCCCCACCCCCUAGACCGCUCGGGCCUUCCCUGCAGCCCCUUCUCUCUGCUCCCGGGAGACCCCAGGAAGACCCUUGAUCAGACAGGUGCACAAGGAGAGCGAACAGUGAACACAGCCUCGGGCGACAGAUCGCCCUCCCUGGCUCCUCGGUGGACAGUUCUCUCCGGGGAACAGGGGCAGGACAGCGGCACCUGCAGGGGUGGAGGGCUGCCCAGCCCAGGGUCAUGGAGUUGCACUCCAGUGCUGUGUGGACGACAGUCACCCUCUUGCUCCCAUCCACUCUGUGCUCCUCGUGGCCUCACUGGCCUUGCCCCUCUGCCCACAGGGCUUGUAUGUGUCUUGUGGCUCAGUGUCCUCAUGGUUCUGCUGCUUCCUCAUGACUGACUUGCUAUGACCCAGACUCUCCCGAGUGGCUUCUCUCUGGGCUCCUUCCAGGGUCUGCUCCUGCAGCUGACGACCUCCUGUCCCAGCAGGAUCGUUGCCCAGUGGAGCCUCCGAUGGGUCCAGUGCAUUUGUGUGUGGCAGGUGAUGUCAUAGGUCAGAGUUUAGUCUCCGGAUUCGUCGUUCAGGCACCUUGGCCCAAGGACACGGGCCUACAGCACAGCUCUUUAAGGGCUGACCUUUACCAGCUGCGCAGGACUGUGGGUGGGGCGGGCAGUGCCCUUGACCUGUGGUGUGUCCCAGUGAAUCAUAGUAGACCCGCUAAUGGAGCAAACAUAGGUAUUUGUACAUGUGGGCGUCUGUAUACUGUAUGAUAAACCCAUGUGUUUCUAUACACGCGUGUGCGUGCGUGUGUCAGGGUGGCCACACUGAGGGGACAUGGACACGGAAGGGGGACAGUUGGCUCUGUGUGUUACGAAACAUAAAAUUGAGUUACUAAUCCUCUCCGUCGUUUAAGAAAAUUCCACAGGAAGAGAACAUGAAGGGGUCUGGAGUGUUCUCGCCUUUACAGUGAAAGCCAGGAAAUAACCGACGUGUUUAAAGUGAAGCUAAUACCUAAAUACUAUGCGGUGUUUUCUCAAAGGAAUUUUAUACGUUUGAAAUGCUCAUAGUGGAGGCAUUUUAACAGCAGUGAACAUGUUUAUGUGAAAAAGUUGGAAAAAAUACAGACACUUAUGGUCACCAUUGUGUAAAACUUCAAUUGACAUGAAAAUAUUCCAGAAAAAUGAAAAUGCUGUGUUAGAGCGUGGAGAGAUUUCUGAGUGAUGUUUUUUUUUUUUUUUUCCCUCAAACGUUACAGUUGCUAUUGUAUUACUUUGACAGUUAAAAAAUCAGGAGGCCUGGAGCCUGGGUGGCUCAGUUGUUUGAACGGCCCAUUCUUGGUUUCGGCCCAGGUCAUGAUCUCAAGGUCAUGGGAUCGAGCCCUGCGUCAGUCUCUGCACUCAAUGUGGAGUCUGCUUGAGAUUCUCUCUCCAUCACCCUCUGCCCCUCCCUCCCCUCAAAUAAAUAAAUAAAUAAAUCUUUAAAAAAUCAGGAGGUCAUUUAGAAAUACAAAGAGGUACAGGAAGUUAGUUUUACUGGUGGACUCGACAUUUCCAGGGAUCAUGAGUGUGUUUCCCAAGACAUCCUCAUCUUUAAGCAGCUUCGGGGUCAAAUCCCAUUUUCACAGGCGCUCCUCUUCCUAGCCAGAGGCCCCCAUGUUUCCCUGCCGAUGGCCUUUUCUCUCUUUUUUGACCCACAAACCUGGAGUUAACGUCUUAAGUGAAUAAGAACUUGGGGUCUGGAAUUAGACGUGGACUGAACCCCAGCUCUGGGACUUUGGCCGGAUGUCUCUGCCCCGCUGCCACCGGUGUCCUGUUUGGGCAUCAGAGGACACUUUGGGCCUGCUCUUGGCAGUGGCGGGCAGAACAAGCCCUUGCUACAUCCUGGCGGCUGCUCCCAUCCGCUGGGGCACGAUCCAUCGAGUCCCCCGAAAGUAUGGGGUGGGCGGGAGACCUUGGGCCUUGGAGCUGUGAGACGGGGGUGGGAACCACAGUUCUGUGGGCCCCUGGCAGUGUGGCUCCGAAGUUUCUCCGUGAAGCGUGUGGUCCAGGUUACUGUGGAGACGCACGAGGUCACGAGUGGGAGUCGCUCGAACCUGUAAAGGGCUUCAAGGAUGGCAGUGUUCACAAUUGUCACGAAUGACGACCGUGUGUUGGCGAGGCCCCCCUCCUCCCGUCUCCCUCGGACCAUCUCCCUCGGGUCUUCAGAUGAGGAGACUGAGACCCUCUGCCUCCGUGCACAGGGGCCCGCACAGGCUCGGGCAGAAGGGUCCCUGCUGUCCCCCGUGCCCAGCCCCUGCGCGCGAGUGACCGCCCUCUCUCCUCUC